AAGAGAAGCACAGAGGAAUUUCCUCUACCAGAUCACUCAAUGGGAGGAAGUUGGUGUGCAGAGUGUCUUUUGUGCUCUUCCCAUGGUCGAAGCAGCAGCUGAAAGGCAAAAGAAUGCCAUUGAGAGCACUGGAGAACUGAGAAUCACAUGCAGCAUUAAAAUGCAAAGGAAACCAAGGCAACAAUCAAAAUCUUAUUAGUUCCUCCGGAAAAUCCCAAAACUCUUAUUCUUCUCCAGCAGCUUACAGACAAGGAAGAGAAAAGUAGGAAAAGAGUUUUGAGCUGGAGAAAAAAAUAGAGUAUCUGGAAGAAACACAUCAAAAUAUCAAGGGGGAUCAUUUCCUAGUUCAGAAAAAGAGGGAAAUAUCUGGAAGUCGAUGGGAAGGAAAAGGUCACUUGGACAGCCACAUAAGGCAGAUCACAAUACAGGCCUCGACUGGUGAGGAAGCAAAUAGUAGUUUGAAUCAAAGUCCAUCCAAGAAGGCAUUCAGAGUGUUUUUGAUGUCCUUGAGAAUCCAAGAAUGUCAGGGGUGGAAAAGAUCCACAGAUGUGCCUAUUAUGGGAAAAGCACAGAUUGUAGAUCACAUCUGAUUAUGCAUGAGAGGAUCCAUACUGGAGAAAAGCCAUAUCAAUGCUCCCAAUGCAGCAAAAGCUUUGAUCAGAACAGUUCCCUGGUUGUUCAUGAAAGGACUACUCACACCAGAGGGGAGCCCUACCAGAGCUCCCAAUGCAGCAAAAACUAUAUCAAGCAGGACAAGCUGAUAAUCCCCCAGAGGACUGACACUAUGGCGAAACCGUUUGAGUGUACAGAUUGUGGGAAAGGUUUCAGUCAGAAUUCCUACCUGGUGAUACAUAAGAGGAUUCAUACAGGGGAGAAACCUUAUAAGUGUCUGGUUUGUGGGAAAAGUUUCAUUCGGAAUUUUGAACUGGUGAUACACCAGAGGACUCACACAGGAGAGAAACCGUAUGAAUGUCCAGAUUGUGGGAAAAGUUUCAGUCAGAAUUCCAACCUGGUGAUACACCAGACAACACACACAGGAGAGAAACCAUAUGAAUGUCUGGUUUGUGGAAAAAAAUUUCGUCGGAAUUCCCACCUGAUGAUUCACCAGAAGACUCACACAGGAGAGAAACCGUACGAGUGUCCAGAUUGUGGAAUAAGUUUCAGUCAGAAUUCUGAUUUGGUGAGACACCAGAGGACUCACACAGGAGAGAAACCAUAUGAAUGUCCAGAUUGUAGAAAAAAAUUCAGUCGAAAUUCCAGCCUGGCAAUACACCAGAGGACUCACACAGGAGAGAAAGCAUAUGAGUGUCUAGAUUGUGGGAAAAGUUUCAGUCAGAAUUCUCAUCUAAUGACACACAAGAAGAUUCACAAAGGAGAGAAACCAUAUGAGUGUACAGAUUGCGGGAAAAGUUUCUUUCGGAAUUCAGACCUGGUGAUACACCAGAGAAGUCACACAGGAGAGAAACCAUAUGAGUGUCCAGAUUGUGGGAAAGAUUUUAGCACUAGGUCUAGUCUUAUAAAUCAUGUAGGUAUACAUACAGGGGAGAAACCAUUCAAAUGCCUGGAAUGUGGACGGUGUUUCACAAAAAAUUCCUCCCUUACUGCACACAAGAAAAUCCACAUGAUGCAGGAGAUGAUAAGUUUAGAGAAGUCUUGAAAUUCAUUUCUAGUGUCCUAUUGGAAGUCAAGAUGAACAACUGAUUACCGACUAUGGCCUGAUUCUUGUUAAUCAAACAUCUCAUAAGACAUCAAGGAUGAGCAUGAAAAAAUGGAAAAUGUUAGUUUGAUAAAGACGAACAGUACAUAUCUGCCCAUCAGCAGAAGUAACUGUAUAUUUACGUUAACAGAAAUGGUGCAAUUUGCAAAUUGAGCAUUAUAGAACAUAGAAAUGCAACAUUCAGUUUCAUCCUUCUGCAUCCUGAAUGUCUUCCAGUUUUGAGGCCAGAAUUUCCUAGCCAGCAUAUCCUUUGCACAAAAUUUAUGUGAGUCAUAAGCGAUGUUUCUGAGUGGUCCCGAUAAGCUGCUGAAGCUUCUAAAGAAUACAUUGUAAAAAAAUAUGCAGAGAGUAGCUUGUACCUUUAGCAGAAGAAGCAUUGUGGUUUUGAGUACAGGGUUCUUCGGUUCAUUAACAACCCCUGCUAUGAUCUUUUCUUCUUGGAGGUGCCUGCUUGUUACCCCCGUGGUAGCAGCAUCAAGAUGCUUAUUUGUCUUAUUUGUUGCAACUAUUUAUUUAUUAAUUCAAUUUGUAUGCCGCCCCUCUUCGAAGACUCAGGGCGGACUCAGCUCCAACACUGCCUUGGUGUUGGAGCUGUGAGAAAUAAAUUAUAUGGUACAAAAUGUUUCAUUUCUAAAAAACAUUGUGUGGGUCUUUAAAUAGCUUUUGAGAAUGAAAAAAAAAAAGGGUAUUGUCAGCAUUGCUGUGAAUGUGGGCGUUAAGAUGUUUCCAUUUCUUUCAUUCCUCUCUCAGGACUUAUUUUUAAUAUUUUCCAAAUAAUCCAUACAAGUAAAGAGAGGAGCAAUAAUCGGAGCAGAGAGCUGGAAUUUUAGCUAUGCAAAUGAAUGAGCUGAUUUUGCUGAGUUUAGAAGACACCAAAGAAUUGCAAGUGUGUUCAUUUCACUAACACAAUUCAGAGGACUGGUUCCAUAUAUUUUUUCUAGUGGGUCACUUUGCAUUUGAUGAUUCCUCUGCAAAAGGACACCCACAACCAGGAGCAGGUCAGGGGUGAGGAGGAACCAAGAACCUCUUUUGGCCUGAGGCUCCAGCUCUAGGUAGCUUCAAGUUUGAAGUUUGAAAGUUUCUAAAUUUUAAAACAUUAAAAUUAUAUUUAAUGUUUC